UCUUCCUUCAACUUCAAGUUCAAGACGACUUCAAUGUAGAAUGCCAACUUGUUGAGCAGUAGUUGAGGUUGGAAAGAUUGUUUCAGCAAGUAGCGGCUGCCCAAUGCCAGCACCAAUGGUGCCUGCAAGGAGUGUGGAGACUGGUGGCACCGUCUCAGAGAAGAAGGAAGGUGUUAGUCCCAAGCUAGCUGCUCUACUGGUGAGCGGUGACCUUGGAUGCAUUCAAGAAGCCUUAAGAGACUUGGACAAGCUUACAAAAACCUUUGGGGGGAAGAAGGAGCAUGACUACGUGCUGCAGGAUGGCGAGACCCCGAAUCUGUUGCUGGAUCCGAACAAAAGUCUGAAGAAGGCGAACGCCCUUCUCAAGCAUGAGGAGUUCUCCCAGGCGCUAGUCCAGCUUCUAACCAACGACGCCUUCCUCAGCCAACCCCAAGUGCUCGACCGCAGCGACAUCAGCACGCUGAUUCUCCUCUUCCGGCGCCUCUGCAAAAUCCCCGACUUCGGCUCGAAGCUCCUAGCCGCCGGGCUGGUCGACGCGCUCGCUGCAUUCUUCCAGCGAUUCCGAUUGUGGGCUCAGCUUAUGACCCCUCGAGAGCUCCUGCGGCCGCACGCGGAGGACUUUCUUACACAGCGGCUGUCUUGGUUCCGGGAGACUUUAGCCCUUGUGUGGGGACUGUUAGAAACCAGCAGUGCCUUUGCCGAGACAGCCGCCCGCUCAGAGCUUAUCCUCGUCUUGAUCCGGGUCUGGCCGCCCCCGGGGUUCGAGCAUUCCAUGUACUUCACGCGCCGGAACAUAAACUUCGACGUUGCUCACGUCUCUGAGCUUCUGAUGUGCACUCUUGAGGCCGCGGGGCAGCAGCGGCCGUCGUUCGCGCCACUGUUCCACGAGAAGCGGAACGAAGUCGCCGAGUAUUUUGUGCGCCUUAUGGUCUGGCAGAGGCAGCGCCUGGCCGGGAGUGAAGACGCACACUUUCCCAGGUGGAUAGACCGCACGUGGGGCGCGUUUGGCGCGCUCCACGUAUGGCGCGGCGCGCGCAGAAAGCUCGUCAGAAAAGCACACCGACUAGGCACGGAGUUGCUCACCGCUCAGACUGUACCAUCGAAAACCAAAGCGCUCGUGACGCGCGUCCUUAAGGAACUUGAGGCGGAGCUAAGCGGAGCGUCGAUUCCCGGGAGGACAGAGAUCGACCUCAGCGAAGGCCUUCCUUCGGUGGAACACUUUCUUCCCCGUCCGACAGAGGUCAAGAAAGCCGCCCCGCGCCCACGAUUGUCCCCCGCUGAGCUGGCGUCAUUGUUCAAGUCCCAGGAAGAGAACGCGGUCCUUCGCGGCGUCAAAGAGCUGGCCGUCAUCCGGCAGAGCUGCGUGGCGCUGGUAAAAGGUUUCGUCAUGGCUAACCCGCUCGCUAACUGGGAGGGUUACGAAGACGCCGGCCUGCGGGGGGGCUCUCGUCGAGCUUUUGGAGGGGACUCUGGGUGACUGUCUCGCGCAAUUAGAGCGGGCUGAGGAGGCCAUGAAUAUUCUGGUAUUUAUAGACGUGUUGAACAGGGGCCGGUUGGAGGAGUCCGAUCAGGAAGAUGAGCACGACGCGACAAUGCUGCGGAUUGUCGACUGGACGGUUCGGCGGUGGCGGGACCUCCACCCGGGCGUGCUCUGGGCGUCGCUGAUGCUGCGCUUGAUGCGAUGGGGGAGUUUCUGCCUUGGUUCCACGUUUUAACGGACGGACGACCUGGAAGGCUGUCGCCCUUCAAAAGUGUUCGUGUGGUCGAAGCCUCUUGUUCACACGAGUCUUUCACCAGAUUGUGACUUGCCUUUCAAAACAGUCGAACUUCC